GGGCCGUGCCCGCACCCGGCAUGGCGGCCGGCGGCUUCGGCGCCGCUCCCGUCUCGUCCUCUGGAGGCAGGGAGCGGGCUGCCGCCUGCCCGCACUCGGCAUGGCGGUCAAGGGGGCCCGGCAGCGGCCGAGGGCAGGAGGAGGAGGAGGAGGAGGAGGAGGCAGCGGCGAGUCGGGCCGGCCGCGCUCGGAGGCGGAGGAGGCUCGGCUGGAACCACCUGGGAGCAAAGCAGGACAAGUGUGGGCCCCUGAAGGAUCAACGGCAUUCAAGUGUCUCAUCUCCGCCAGGUUCUGUGCAGCUCUCCUGAGCAACAUCUCAGACUGCGAUGAGACGUUCAACUACUGGGAACCAACACACUACCUCGUUUAUGGGAAGGGGUUUCAGACGUGGGAAUACUCUCCAGCCUAUGCCAUCCGCUCCUAUGCUUACCUGUGGCUUCAUGCCUUACCAGCGCUGUUCCAUGCUAGAGUUCUACAAACUAAUAAGGUUCUUGUCUUCUAUUUCCUCCGAUGCUUCCUGGCGUUCCUGAGCUGUGUUUGUGAGCUCUACUUCUAUAAGGCUGUGUGCAAGAAGUUUGGACUACAUGUGAGUCGGCUGAUGCUGGCCUUCUUAGUUCUCAGCACGGGGAUGUUCUGCUCAUCUGCAGCCUUCCUCCCCAGCAGUUUCUGCAUGUACACCACAGUGAUUGCCAUGACUGGCUGGUACAUGGACAAGACCUCUGUGGCAGUGAUGGGCAUAGCUGCUGGAGCCCUUGUGGGCUGGCCCUUCAGCGCAGCGCUUGGGCUUCCUAUUGCCUUUGACUUGCUAAUACUGAAGCAGAGGUGGAAAAGCUUCUUAAACUGGUGUGUGGUGUCGUUGAUCCUGUUUUUGGUGCCCCUGGUAGUUGUGGACAGCUAUUACUAUGGGAAGCUGGUAGUUGCACCCCUCAACAUUGUUUUGUACAAUGUCUUCACCUCUCAUGGACCUGAUCUCUACGGUACCGAACCCUGGUCCUUCUAUUUCAUCAAUGGCUUUCUGAAUUUCAACGUGGCAUUUAUUUUGGCGCUGCUUGUGCUACCGCUGACUUAUCUGAUGGAGUGCCUGCUUCAGAAAUUUCAUGUUCAGAAUCUGGGCCGUCCCUACUGGCUGACGCUAGCUCCUAUGUACAUCUGGAUCGGCAUCUUCUUCAGUCAGCCCCACAAAGAGGAGAGGUUUCUCUUUCCCAUCUAUCCCCUCAUAUGUCUCUGCAGCGCUGUAGCUCUGUCUGCUCUUCAGAAGUGUUACCACUUCGUAUUCCAGCGCUACCGCCUGGAGCAUUACACAGUCUCCUCCAACUGGUUGGCUCUGGGGACUGUUUUUCUCUUUGGCCUUUUGUCACUGUCACGCUCAGUUGCCUUAUUCAGAGGCUACCAUGGGCCUCUGGACCUGUACCCAGAAUUUCACAGGAUCGCUACUGACCCGAGCAUUCACACUGUGCCAGAGGGGAGACCAGUUAACGUCUGCGUGGGAAAGGAAUGGCACAGAUUUCCAAGCAGCUUUCUCUUGCCAGAAAAUUGGCAGCUCCAGUUUAUCCUGUCGGAGUUCAGGGGCCAAUUACCAAAACCCUUUGCCAAGGGACCAAUGGCCACACGAAUCAUUCCCACUGACAUGAAUGACCAGAACAAGGAAGAGCCAUCUCGAUACAUUGACAUUUCAAAAUGCCACUACCUGGUGGACUUGGACACAGUGGCUGAAACCCCGAGGGAACCGAGGUAUUCCUUGAACAAAGAAGAGUGGGUGACCAUUGCCUACAAGCCAUUCCUAGAUGCUUCCAGGUCCUCAAAGCUGCUGCGUGCGUUCUACAUUCCUCUCCUCUCAGAACGGUACACAUGGCAUGCAAACUACACUAUCCUGAAAUCCAGGAGGUCGAAGCAAACGAGGAAAAAAAUGGGAGGCUAGGAGCACUCCUGUGUAACAAAACCAAAAGCAUGUGCUGACACUCUUGGACAGCUACAGAAGCAUUCUUCAGUUCCUUUUCUGAAAGAUUAUGCUUGUAAGAUUUACUAAUAAAGAUUUACCAUGAAGUGAUUUGCUCUGCAA